AUGCAGUUCAAGCUCGGUAGUCUGGCCGCCGUGCUGGCCUUGAGCUCUACAGCCUCCGCCGCCUUCAACCGCGCGGCCAUCAAUGCCUUCAACAUCGAGCACCCCAAGCGGUACGACCGCAUGAGCAAGCCGGUCGUGCCAGAAAGGCGUCUCGAGAAGCGGCAGUCGCGGUUCCUGAACAACAACACGCAGAAGUUCGUGGUGGACGGCACCAAGAUCCCAGAUGUCGAUUUCGACAUCGGCGAGUCCUAUGCGGGUCUGCUACCCAUCUCGCAGUCGCCGGACGAGGAGAGACAGCUGUACUUCUGGUUCUUCCCGACCACGAACCCGGCGGCGGGCGAGGAGCUCGUUAUCUGGUUCAAUGGUGGUCCGGGAUGCUCCUCGCUGAGUGGUCUCUUGACUGAGAACGGCCCCUUCCUCUGGCAAGAAGGCACUUUGGCUCCGGUACCGAAUUCGUACAGUUGGUCGAACCUCACAAACAUGAUCUGGGUCGAGCAGCCCGUCGGCGUUGGCUAUAGUCAAGGCACGCCAAACAUCACCAACGAAGUCGAGCUCGGCCAGGAAUUCGCGGGCUUCUGGCGCAACUUCAUCACCGCCUUUGGUCUGCAAGGGUGGACGACCUACAUCACCGGCGAGUCGUACGGCGGCUACUACGUCCCCUACGUGGCGGACGCCUUCAUCACGGCCAACGACAGCACAUACUGGAAACUGGGCGGCGUAGCCAUCAACGACCCGAUCAUCGGCGACGGCACCCUGCAAGAACAAGCCGUCAUCUACCCCUUCGUCGAAUACUGGAGCAACCUCUUCUACCUCAACGACUCGUACAUGGACGCCCUCCGCUGGACGCACGAGUACUGCAACUACAGCAGCUACCUCGCGCAAUACGGCACCUUCCCACCCCCCUCGGGCCCAUUCCCCGUCCUCCCCGACCCCUACGCCGACACAGACCCCAACAGCAACUACACAUGCGACAUGUUCGACCUCGUCUACGCCGCCGCCCUCGAAGUCAACCCCUGCUUCAACAUCUACCACAUCACCGACACCUGCCCGCACCUGUACGGCCAACUCGGCAUCGUCAACCCGGGCGACUACUCCCCGCCCGGCGCCCAAGUCUACUUCAACCGCACCGACGUGCAAUCCGCCAUCAACGCCCCGCACGUCGACUGGUACCAGUGCACGCCCGUCAACGUCUUCGGGCUCGAGGACGACAACCAGACCUUGUCGGACACGUCGCCCGCGCCCGCCAUGAACGAGGUGUUGCAGAGGGUGAUUGAGUACACCAACAACACCAUCAUCGGCGCCGGCAGGCUCGACUUCCUCCUCGCCCCCAACGGCACCCUCUUCGCCCUGCAGAACACCACCUGGCACGGCAAGCAGGGCUUCCAGUCCUACCCCCAAUCUCAGGACUUUUACGUGCCCUACCACCCGGAGUACAACGGUGGGCGCCUCUCCGAGGCUGGGAUUGUCGGGCAGUGGGGCAGUGAGCGCGGGUUGACGUACUAUGAGGUGCAGCUGAGUGGCCACGAAUUGCCGGGGUAUGCGGCGGGGAGCGGGUAUCGGGUGUUGGAGCUCAUGUUGGGCAGGAUCAAGAGUUUGGGAGACGUGGAGAAUUUCUCGACACAGGUCGACGAGGGCGAGUUUGGGAAUAAUGGCACGGAGAAUGUUUUUUUGGGAAGGGGGUUGGGGUUAGAGGCGGAUUGGUGA